CUCUAAACAACAUUCAAGAAUUUGCACCUUUUCUUGUUCAAAAAUGGCUUUAAUGCUAGAUAAUUGUGAAGGCAUAUUACUCUCAUUAGAUUCACAUAAAUCAGUUCCAGCUCCAUUUUUAACAAAAACAUAUCAACUUGUUGAUGAUCCUUCUACUGACCAUAUUGUUUCUUGGGGUGAAGAUGAUUCUACUUUUGUUGUUUGGCGUCCACCUGAAUUUGCUCGUGAUUUACUCCCUAAUUACUUCAAACACAACAAUUUCUCUAGCUUCGUACGUCAACUCAAUACUUAUGGUUUUAGAAAAAUCGUACCGGAUCGAUGGGAGUUCGCUAAUGAAUUCUUCAAAAGAGGAGAAAAACAUUUAUUAUGUGAAAUUCAUCGGAGAAAAACAGCUCAGCCAAUACAAAAUAUGUCAAUGAAUCCUCACCAUUCAUAUCAUACGGGUUCGGGUUUUUUCCCAAAUUACCCGACUAAUUAUAACCCGCGGCUCAGUAUUUCCCCACCCGAUUCGGAUGAACAAUUAUUUCAACAACAAAAUAUCAAUUGGUGUGAUUCGCCUUCUUCCAACAAUAAUGCGAGCAACAACAAUUUCACCAACACCAAUACAGUAACCGCGUUGUCGGAGGACAACGACCGGUUACGUAGGAGCAACAAUAUGUUAAUGUCGGAACUUGCACACAUGAGGAAACUUUAUAACGACAUUAUUUAUUUCGUUCAAAAUCAUGUCAAACCUGUUACACCUAGUAGUUCGUACAAUACUUGUUCACUAUUGCCUGCUUCAGCUACACCUAUAGUCCAAAAAAAUAUGAAUAUGAAUAUUCAUCAUCAGUUUGGGUAUCAACAAAUUACAAACCCUAAAAAUGUUGUUAUCUCCAACAUCAACAACAACAACGUCGUAUCACCAAGCAAGACAUCACAAAGCAGUAGUGUGACGAUUCUUGAUGAAGGUAUUAAUGCAGGUGGUGAUAAUAGAAGUACAAAAUUAUUCGGUGUUCCUCUUAUGUCUAAGAAAAGAGUUCAUCCUGAAUAUUCAUCUUCUUAUUAUUCUACGACGAAUAUGGUGGAGACAAAUAAGGCAAGAUUAAUGGUCUUGGAAAAAAAUGAUCUAGGAUUAAAUCUCAUGCCUCCUUCUUCAUCUUAGACUUUAUUUUUUUUCAUUGUUAUUAGUAUUAUUAUU